CAGGCGGGAGGUAGCGGUUCUUCGGGAGCGGGAUGGAGGCGGGAGCGGCGGCACGGCACCCGGCGGGUGCGCGUUCGCUGAGCAGAGCCCUGGCCUGCCCCCGCCCUCAGGAGCGCCCCGGGUGCCCCCCGGCCCCCGGCAGCGGUUCGAAGGCCGAGGCGCGGGUGCUGGUCAUCAACACGGGGGGCACCAUCGGCAUGGUGCAGGACGACAAGGGGCUUGCUCCUGAGGCAAAUAAAUUAGUAAGCAGCUUGAAAACAAUGCCAAUGCUGCAUGAUGAGGCAUAUGCCCAGGAAACAAAACUGAACAGCUUCCAUGAAUUUCCAGAAAACACACUGGUGCUCCCUGUCUCUAAGCAAAACAAAAGGAUUUUUUACACAAUCCUGGAGCUCUCACCGCUGCUUGAUUCUUCCAACAUGACUCCAGAAGACUGGGCCAAAAUUGCAAGGAAACUUGAGGAGCACUACGAAAAGUAUGAUGGUUUUGUGAUCCUUCACGGCACUGAUACCAUGGCCUAUACAGCUUCAGCCUUAUCCUUCAUGUGUGAGAAUCUGGGUAAAACUGUUGUUCUGACAGGAUCUCAGGUGCCCAUAUACGAGCUGCAGAAUGACGGCCGAGCCAACCUUCUGGGCGCACUGCUGUUUGCUGGGCAGUUUGUGAUUCCUGAGGUGUGCCUGUAUUUUUAUAAUAAACUGUACAGGGGAAAUAGGGUGACUAAGGUGGAUGCUGCGAGUUUCAAUGCCUUUUCCUCACCUAACCUGCCUCCACUUGCAAAUGCUGAGGUUGAUAUUACAAUAAAUUGGGAAACAGUGUGGAGAGCCAAUACCAAAAAGAAAUUUCGAGUUCACACCAAUAUGAACAGGAAUGUUGGGCUUCUGCGAAUCUUCCCAGGAAUCACUGCUGCUGUUGUAAAAGCGUUUCUUCAGCCUCCAAUUGAGGGAAUUGUACUUGAAGCUUAUGGUAGUGGCAAUGCCCCAAACAAUAGAGAAGACUUGCUGGAAGAACUGAAGAAAGCCGCUGAACGGAAAGUAGUGAUUCUAAACUGUACCCAGUGCUUACGAGGGUCUGUCAAAACAGUCUAUGCAACAGGGCAGACUCUCGCUGAUGUUGGCGUAAUUCCUGGAGGUGAUAUGACGCCAGAGGCAGCCCUAACUAAACUGUCAUACACGCUCAGCAAGAGUAAGCUUAGCUGGGAGGAGAAGAGGCAGAUGCUGAGUGAGAAUCUAAGAGGAGAAAUGACUGUUGUACCCACAGGAGCCAAGAUCUCUCUGAGAGAUAGCAAGUUUAUUCAAGUGAUUGCCAAAUCUCUGAGUAUCAGCAGCAAGGAGGAGUUAGAAGCCAUAAGAGAUGCAUUAAUUCCACCUUUGGCUUGUGCUGCAGCUAAACUGGGUGACAUUGAUGCACUAAGAGCCAUAGCAGAAAUGGGUGGAAACCUGAGCUGUGGAGACUAUGAUGGCCGAACUCCACUUCAUAUUGCAGCCUCUGAAGGGCAUUUACCAUUAGUUGAGUAUUUGUUGACAUCUGGUGCAACUGUUUAUGCUAGAGACAGAUACGGAUCUACCCCGCUGAUGAAUGCGAUCAAGUUCAGGGCUCCGCUCUUUGUUAUGAAGCUUCCUCAUAAAGCACAGCCAAACUGAUCACUCCUUUUGACUGUCAGAAGUGAGCGAGCAGGACCAAGGGCUGUUUUCUUUCUGCCCUCCCCUUUCUCAUCAAACGCAGACUGUUUCAAUUGGCACAAAAUAUACCGGUAGGUUGGUACGUUUAAUCUUUCCCUUCUACCAGUGCUUUCCCGAGUCUCUUGCUCGGUGACUGGUUUUUUGAUUUUUCUUUUCCGCCCACUCCUAAUUAUAUGGGAUGGCUGCAUGGCUCGGCCUGCUCUGUGGAUUUCCUCUUCCUGUUCUUCUGGAUCUCAGCAGAUCUUGAAUAGUAGUCAUGGGCAUGCAAUUUACUAGUUUCUUCCAUGUUGUAUAGUCCUAAGGAAUGGCCAUAGCACAGACUAUAAACGUUAUCAGUUAUCAAAAUUCAAUUUUAAAACAAUUUAUAUAGCCUGGGGAUUCAUAGAGCCAUUGGUCUUCUAACAUGUUAGAAACUGCAUGCUCUAAUCUCCUGUUUCUUUGAUCCCCUUUCAGUUCCUUAUCUCAUAUUCAGUCUGUAUGAUGACAGGAGAGAAGGUUUUUUCUGUAAAGGAGCUUGGAGUGAUAGGAUUUUCAUGGUCUUCAUGGAUGUCUCUCCCCAGAUACUCCUACGGCUUUCUAACGCUGACAAGUUUACCUGGUCUGUCAGGCUGGAGUUACCUGCGUGGGAGGUCUGACAGUCCUGGUAUUGCAUUGGCUGCAGGAAUAACUUGAAGGCUUUUUCUGUCUCAAAGACCAGAUGUGGAAAACUCAACGUGCUUUCUUAACUUGAGACUUGAAAUCCUGUGUGGCCACACUGUGCUAUUGCCAUACCUAAUGCAUGGUCCCCUAUGGCUUUGUAGUUGUUGCUUUAUCUCAUGAAUAUGUAAGUCCUUCAGUGGCAAACCCUUAAACUCAAAGCAAAAACAAGCCCAACAGCAAAUCAAACAAAUAACCUUGCAGUUGAAUAGAGGUGGCUCUGGUCCAAUGUGAGAAAAUGCUAAAGCAUUAGAUACCAUUAGAAGUUCCUGCAAAUCAGGCACCUACUUUUUUUACCGCACCCAUCUACUGCCUGAGGAAUUUCACAUGAGCUUGUUGUUUGGAUUCCUUUGCAUUGCCACUCCUGUAUCAGACUCUUACCAUGACUCUUAAACUCUUUAAAACUGCACACCCAUUUUGAUAUAGGGAAUUGUAAAAGGAAACUGCACCAUAACCAUUUUCAGUUUCUCUUUUUGUUUCUACUGUUGGAGUAAGAGGAAGAGUAGACUUAAAACUAAUCUUAUAAAUGUGUUUUUAUGAUCUGCUGUGUGCUCACACUGCAUUUCACACGAUAAGCAUAUAAAGGAGAAUGGUAAAGAGCAGACAGCUGUAUAUGUGCAUAAUUAGAUACCCACUAAAAAUAUUUCUGCUAUAGAAAUAUUUAAAUUCUAUUUAUUAAAUAGUUGCAUGCAGAAAGCAAAAAGAUUAUCCUGAUGCAGUGUACAAAGAGGCAGAGAAGGAAGAGGGAAAACUGAUCUUUCUGAGCAGUCAAUGUUUUAAACUGUUUAAUAUUGUAACUUUCUCAAUUUUACUGAAUAUUGCAUCAGCUUAAUCGUGUUUUGUGAGAAUUAAUAUUUGUUUAAUUGGCAUUUAACUGCAGUAGAGUAUCCACUCAUCUUAAAAAUAGCUUUCUUCCAGUUUUUUAUGUCACAUUUCUCAGUAGCUUGCCUUUUACCUAAGCAUGAAAGCUUAUAUAAUGGUGACUGAUGUCUCUUUUCCAUCUUAUAAUUUGUGAGGAUGAUCAGGAGUUACGUCUCUUCUUAAAAGCUUCUUAACGUAGCACUGUCAGCCAGCUGACUGGCAACUUGAGCUAUACCAAUGAUAAUCUCUUAAUUUUUGUUAAUUUAAGGGACUCUUUCUUUGUUUCUUUAGAUGAUAGAAUGUGGAGUCCACUUCUAAAUAAGAAAUAAACUACUGCAUUUCUGCUUUUUCAUUUGUAACUGCUAUUUGUGUGUAGUCUCAUGCACUCUACGCAUGAAGCUAAAACAGACCACUGUUAAUAUAGGCCAGGUGCUUGACAUGUCAAAAUUAGUAGCAUUCCUUUAAUUUCUUACAGUACCCUGAAGGGAUAAUUCAUUUUCAAAACAAUAGAAUAAUAUUUUUUUAAUAAUAGAAACUCUCUAAGCAGGAAAAUGUCUUUAAAAAAAACUGUGUAUAUUUAAUGUAGUAACAGUACUUCCACUUACUUGUAGAGCAGUGGUAGAAGGUUGAAAAUGGGGAGUUGCUCGUACAGUGCUGUGAGAACAUCAGAUUAGAAGCAGUAAAAUUACCUCCCACGUAAAUAUGAAUUUAAAUACUUGAUAUUUUGCAAGGUUACAUUUACAUUACUUCAGGAAAUCUAAGGCAGAGUGAAAAUCUAACCACCACUGACUCCAGAAAUGCUCUGAAGCCUGUGCUUGCAGUAUUUGAGCAUAAAAUUCCCACUGAUAUGAUGGAGAAAACCAAACAAGUAAAACUAAGCUGCCAUAACCAUUCCAGUUGCUAGGGGAGCAAGCAUGAAAAAGAAUGAAGCCAGUCAAGUUUGGAUAUACAUGACACCUGUGUUUCUUUAAAGAGAGUUGGUGGAAGGUGUGCACCCUAAGGCCCCAAUCCUGCGAACUCUUACAUGUGUAUUAAUUUCACAUGUGUGAUUCAUCCCUUUUUAAGUUGAUUCACUUCUAAUAAGUAUCUGCCAAGUGAAGGCCUAAGAUGAUAUGUACUGUACUGCACCUUGACUACUGUAGAAUCCAGAACCCUCAUGAACCAUAAGAGUUCAUAUGCUUUUAAGUGGAACUCAGACUUCACUCAUAACAGUGAAUGCUGAAGACCACACUGAAUCAUUUAUUUUGCUAUUAAUCCAUUAAAAUAUUUGUGUAUACUGGGGAUUUUAUCUCCAGUGUUAUCAAUAAUGGAAUCUAGCAGGGAGGAGACACUAGAAACCCUUUUUGUCUGUGUUUUCCUUCAGAGAGCAGAUUAAUG